AUGUCCGAAACACCACCAGGGGCCGGCCCAGCCGACUCGAUCAGCGAAGACCUCGCUGGCAAGCAGCCCGAGAAGAAGAAGAGCAGGAGACCGGCGAAUACCGCCUUUCGACAGCAGCGAUUGAAGGCAUGGCAACCCAUCCUCACGCCCAAGACCGUCCUUCCUCUCUUCUUUACAAUCGGCAUAAUAUUCGCUCCCAUCGGCGGCCUGCUUCUCUACGCCAGCGCGCAGGUCCAAGAGAUCCAGAUUGACUACACAAACUGCCGCGAUGACGCUCCUGCAGUCACCAGCAUCACAGACCCAGGAUCUGCGAUGCCAACCGAUCUGAUAACGACUGCCUUCAAGGCCCAGAACGCCAACGCCAACGCCAUGUGGUCCAAGAUUGAGAACGUCACCGUCGACUACGGACGCGGUCUGCCUGUCAACGUCACCCAGUGCAUCCUCCAAUUCUCCAUCCCCGAAGACAUGGGCCCGCCCGUCCUCUUCUUCUACCGUCUUACCGAUUUCCACCAGAACCACCGUCGAUACGUCGCCUCGUUCAACCAGAAGCAGCUCAAGGGCGAUGCGGUCGGCAAGGGCGAGAUUGACGGGUCUAGCUGCGAUCCCCUGCGAAGCGACAACGUGACCGGCUUACCCUACUACCCCUGUGGACUCAUUGCCAACUCCAUCUUCAACGACACCUUCGAUUCUCCCGAACUUCUCGGCGGUUCCGAGCCCAUCCGCUACGAAAUGGCUAACAACACUGGUAUCGCUUGGGAUUCCGAUAAGGAGCUCUAUGGCCAGACCAAGUACAAGCCCAACGAAGUCUCGCCCCCUCCUAACUGGCGCCGUCUAUAUCCUAACUACACCGAGGAACUCCCCCCGCCCAACCUGGCUGAAUGGGAGGGUUUCAUGGUGUGGAUGAGGACUGCUGGUCUCCCCGCUUUCAGCAAGCUCUACCAGCGCAAUGAUACCACCGCUCUGGCCCAGGGUACCUACAGGGUUGUCAUCAACGAUGAAUUCCCCACACGAGCUUACAAGGGCACCAAGUCGAUGGUCAUUUCUACCCGUACUGUUAUGGGAGGUCGAAAUCCUUUCCUAGGCAUCGCCUACGUCGUUGUCGGUGGCAUGUGUAUUCUUCUCGGUACCAUCUUUACCAUUACGCAUCUCAUCAAGCCAAGGAAACUUGGCGACCAUACCUACCUCUCCUGGAACAAUGCCCCAAGCGCAGGCAAGGCCGCCGGCCCAUCAACCGCUGUCGCCUCUGGCCGAGAUCUUGGUCGGGCUGACGCCUAG